UGCAGGACAACAAACGGAGGAGAGGCAGCUCGGACGGAGGCAGAGCGGCAGCCUGUAUCCUGGCAUUUUGUUAAAGAUAUUUGGAACAAUGCAGUCUGCCAAGAGGAGUGAGAGUGACUGGCAGGGGUUGGUCAGCGAGUUUCUAGUGUGUAAGCGCAAGCUGGAGAGUAAGAAAGAGGCCCUGCUCAUUCUGUCCAAGGAGCUGGAUACCUGUCAGCAGGAAAGAGACCAGUACAAGCUGAUGGCCAACCAGCUGAGGGAGCGCCACCAGGGACUCAAGAAGAAGUACAGGGAACUCAUUGACGGUGACCCCUCUUUGCCACCAGAAAAACGCAAUCAGGUGAAUCUGGCUCAGUUGUUGAGAGACUCGAGAGAACGGGCGAAAAAGCUCACUGAGGAGGUGAAGGAGCUGACUCAGAGGCUUGUGGAGGCCCAGGGAGAUAACAAGCUCCUGAGAAUGACCAUUACUCGACAGAGGCUGGGGGAUGAGGAGGUGGGAGCGCGCCAUUUCCCCGCUCACGAACGGGAGGAUUUAGUACGCCAGCUGGAGAGAGCAGGGCUACAGAUGGAGGAGAUGGAGCACAACCUGAAGGCUCUGACGGACGAGCUGCAGGACAUGAAAGCGGAGCGCAACGUGUUCAGGGAGAAGGCCUAUCGACUCAACGUGGAGCUCAACCACAUCCUGGGCAACCGCGAGGCACGCAUCGUUGAUGUGGAUGCCCUCUGCAUGGAGAACAGGUAUUUGCAUGAGCGCUUUGGCCAACUACAAGAGGAGGUGAACCUGCUGAAAUCUAACAUCAUGAAGUACAAGACCGCUCUUGAGAGGAGGAAAAACUGCAGCACAUAUGGGAAAUCAAACAGCAGUCCCCUCACUGGAGUCCUCUCAGCCAAACAAGUCCAGGAGAUGCUCCUGGAAGAGCAGGGCUGCAGCCUGCCGGCCACGCCUCAGUCCAUCUCCGACCUCAAGUCCCUGGCCACGGCUCUGCUGGAGACCAUCCACGAGAAGAACCUUGUCAUCCAGCACCAGAGGCACACCAACAGGAUCCUCGGAAACAGAGUUGCAGAUUUGGAACGGAAGCUAAAGACGUUGGAGGUUUCGGGACUGUGGAGUCUUCCAGGGACACGAGACAGCAUCACACUGAAUGAUAACCUUCAGCCGGAGCUUCAUCCAACACGUGCCACACCUCAGCCAAGACUGCAUCCACCCAAAGUUGUGUCAGACAACAGAAGUUCACAUGAAUCAUUGUGGGAAAGCCACACCACUGGCAGCGACCUUGGCACAGAUGGCGUCGGCAGGGAAGACACACCUGCACUGCUCAACAGCCUGGAGCCUCUGGUGGGGGUGGAGACGAAUGGGAUUGACAGGAGAGGGGGAGAAAUCGUGACCCUGACGGAAGAUCGAGUCUCUUUAGAGCUGGAGGAGGGGCGGAGUCCUGUGGAAGAGGCAGGGCACGAGGUAGAGGGAGUUGAAGAUGAACUGGGUUCCACGGUAGAGGAAGGAGAAGAGGCAGCUCUGGCGCUGGGUGUCCCGUCCUCUGAAUCAGACCUUCCGUGGCUUCGACUAAGACAAGCCUCUGUUGAGUCAGAGGUGGGCCAUCAGCCCUGUGAAUCUCAGGACAAUGGGUCUAAUAAUGUACCUGAACAUGUAGAAACCUCAAUAUCGGCUCCAGAGAACCAGGCCCCAGAGGCGUCGAGUACAGGGGAGUGGGACGUUCACUGUCAAUCUGUCGAUCACCUGUCGUAGUAACAACUUGGCAUGAUCUGACAUCACUGAAAGACUUAAGGAGCUUAUUUCAAUCCUUGUCUUUGUCGAUCUUAUUGAUAAUUGCAUUAAUCAUCCCUAGUUGCAUUCUCACAACGUAGCUCGAUUUUCCACCGAGCAGCUCCUGUUUUAGUCAAUAAAACAGAAAACGCUUUUUCAGCCAGCGUUGACAGAGCCGGAGGUGCACUUUGUAUCCAGACAAGCUUGUUGCUGCGCAGGAACAGACAAUCUCGAAAUCAAUGGGGUUGCAAACUUCAUGCCCUACAGGAAAAAUUUUGCUAGGAAUAUAACAAAAUAUGUCUGCCUCAACUCCUGUGCCCCAUAUUCCCUUCUUCCUCUCCCAUGCAAUAAGAUAAUCCCAGUUGUUUGCUUUCUUCUUCUUCCUAGGGGAUGCCAAUAUACUGUGAGUGCUGCAUUUUGUUCUUACUCUCAUAGGGGGUCCAAAUUGGUUUACCAAAACUUGUAUUGAAUGUGUUGUACAUAAUGCGUAAAUGAAUGAUAUUCAUAAUAAGAGAUUGUAUUGAUGUAUAUUCAUAUGUGUGGGGGGAUUUAUUAAAAAUAGAUAUUUGGAUGAGUCUA